AUGCAUAUUACUGUGCGGAGGCAGAAACCAUUAGGCACUAGCAUUUGCUCACGAUCACUAUCCAAAGUGGACGCCGGCACCGGCGCCCACGCCGACAUCUGCGGCCACCUCAGCAUCAGCAUCAGCGUUCGCACCAACGUGGAUUCCGAAGGGCUCAGCGACCGCAAAGACGGCGAGUAA